AUGCGCCAGAAGCGGGUUUUCUUGCCACUGGCCGCGCUCGCCGCCAUGGCCUUUGUGAUGGCCGUCAUCCACCUCACACUUGACCGCAACACGACGCGCGUGUUUCGUAGCAAGCCCGCUUCACCCGCCGGCUACCAGAACCAACCUUGGACGGGCUGGGACCAAGACCGUUCAUCUUUCGAGCAAGUCGCGUUGAAGUAUGGUACCGACAAGGUCACGAGCCACAGCUAUCAGGACAUGUACGACAAGUACCUUGCACCAGUGAGGAAUUCGCCAUUGAAGAUGCUGGAGAUUGGGCUUGGCUGCAACAUGGCCUAUGGCCCCGGAGCAUCGUACUACACUUGGCUCGAAUUCCUGCCCAGGGUCGAGUUGUACUACAUCGAAUCGGAUGCAGUCUGCGCGGCCAAGUACGAACGUGAGACGGCCAAUGCCCACGUAUACAUUGGGGACCAGGCGGACGCGGCCUUCUUGGAGCAGUUCGCCUCGGAGACUGCACAGAGCGGCCAGUUCGACGUUGUUGUCGAUGAUGGGGGCCACACUAUGGAGCAACAGAUCACGUCACUAGUGCAUCUUUGGCCAAUUGUGAAGCCCGGCGGCAUUUAUGUCAUCGAAGACCUCCAGACGAGCUACUGGGAGGGCUACGGCGGCGAUCCAAUGGCGACGGACAGAGCGAAGCAUACGACGGUCAAGCAAAUUUUUCGAGUCGUGGACGAUAUCAUGACUGGACGCAAUUCACUAUUGAUGAGUCGUGAUGUGCUAUCGGUAGAUUGUAUGGCGGAAAUUUGCACCUUACGAAAGAGCAAAGCCCCUUUGCGAGGAACCCAUGCCUAG